GACGUGACGUAUAAUUGCUGCGUCAAGCGGACACAAACACAACAAUCGAUGAUGGAAGAUUUUUCUGGAUUGGCUCUGCCUCCUCUUUUUGGAGGACACAUCCUGGAGGCUGAGCUGGAGCCCGGUGGUGUGGAGCUGGGACCAGGAGAGGUGGAGUUAGACCAGGAUCCAGGAGGCAGUGAGCUGCUAGAGAGCACGGCUCAAGAAGAUGAAGAAAGAAUAGCUCUUAUGAAAAGAAAAUGUGCUGCGAUGGCCAGGAAGUGCUUGGAAAUAGAACAAGUAAACCAGAAAAUCCUCAAUCGCCUUCAUCAAGUCCAAAGGAUUACACGACGCUUGAAGAAAGAGAGGCGGUUCCUCAUGAAAACACUGGAUCACCAUGGAGAUGAUUAUAGAAACGCCCAGCUCACCAUACUCCUCGAAGACGAGUCUGGAGCCCACUUGGAUUCUGGUGCUGGAGUCGAGGAAGAAAGACUCAAUGGUUUCCCUGGUUCCUCUUCGGCUCUACACCAUGUAGCCGGGCCAAAGAAGAAGAGGCACAGAAUACCCAGAGAAAAGGACAAAGAUCAACAGGUUGAUCCCGACAUGUCUGUGUUGUCAGAGACUCCGUUUGGAGAAAUGCCCAGCCCAACAUCUCUGUCACACUAACUGGUGUUCUGGACAUUUUUCUUCACCUAUUAUUGGAUGAAGUUGUUUUUCCAAAGUCUAACUUUGCACGUUUUUUUUUUUUGUAUUUUUCCUUGAAUAAACCAGACAACUGGACAAAAGAAUAAAAUGACAUGUGAUAAAUUUAUUUAAUUAGAAACAGUGAUUAAAACAUAUUGUGCCUUUUGCUUAUUGGUGAUUGAGAUUUAAAAAAAAUGACAUCUUAACUGUUGAAAUUACUAAUUUUAGUUUGAUAAACGUUAAAGCAAAUGAUGCAAAUUCAUCUGAUUUGUUGUUCUACAAUAUUCAAUGUUUAAGGUAAAGGAUAAACUUAAGAUGAUGCUCCUUUUAUGUAUGGUUAGCUCUGAAAAUGAUGGA